CAACACAUUCCCGCAAGCACAUCACUAGUUCAGUGCUAACCGUGCAGUGCGAUUCAACACGCAUGCGCGCGAAAUAUUACAAAUAGAGUUAAAAAAUUAUGAAAUUAAUUAUUUGAAAAUUAUAUUUUCAUUUAUUUCAUAAAAUAUAGUUUUUACUUGCUUAAGUCAAAUAAUCCAAUUUCAGUAAUUUCAUAUUUUAAUCACUCUUAAUAAAUAAAUUUUAAAGCCAUUAAAAACACUACAACAAUUAACAUAUUAUUAGUUAAUACACAUUUUUUGUUAACUUUAAUGUAAUAGUGUUGUGUUAUUAAAUUGUGAUGAAGUUUCAAAAGAAGAUUUUUGAGCAGGGGAUCUUCUUUUAAUCAAUACUUUUUAAGAUGCGAGAGUCGUAAAACAAAACAAAACGACAGAAUCCAUUACUGUUGAAAAUUAAUGAAUAAAGUAAGUUGAUUAAAUGUCGGGCUCAGCGCCAGCGUCGGAGCGCGAGGGGCAGUUCAACCUGGACGGCAUCCUCAGCGAGCUGGGCAGCUACGGCAAGUACCAGCUGCUGCUGCUACUGCUGCUGGCCUUCCGCGACUCCUUCCUCAGCAUGUGCAACUUCAACUACGUCUUCACUGCUGCUGAGGUGCCUUUCAGAUGCGAGGUUCCAGAAUGCGAGUCGCCAGUGAUAAGCUUCAACGAGUCAUGGAGCAGUCUGGCGGCCAUCAACGCGACGUGCCAGCGUGCCGUGCUGUACCCCGCCAUCAACGGCACGACGCCUCUGACGUGUAUGCCGGACAUGUUCCGUGCGAACAGGACAGUGGCGUGCGACCGGGUCGUGUACGAGGAUUACAACAGUAUUGUGGCAGAAUUCGACUUGGGCUGCCAGCCGUGGAAAAGGACUCUGAUCGGGACUGUUCACAACCUUGGCCUGCUGUUUUCCUUCAUUGUAUCUGGCUUCAUUUCAGACAGAUAUGGGCGCAAGGUGAUCAUCGUGGGCACGCCCCUGAUGGUGGGCGUGGCUGGACUGCUGAAGUCUGUGGCGUUUGACUACUGGACCUUACUGGUGCUGGAGUUUCUGGAAACCGCUCUCGGUUAUGGCAAUGCUUCGUUGGUUUUAUCUCUAGAGUUAGUAAGUCAGAACAGCAGAGUGGCGUUUUCGUGUCUCUCGGACAUCCUGUCGUGCCUGGGCGGCGCGUUCUUCGGCCUCAUCGCGUGGAAGAUCCCCUACUGGAGGCACAUGAUGCGAGCCAUCUACGCACCCUUACUAGUUGUGGUGUUUUACAUAUUCCUGGUGGACGAAGGCGUGCGCUGGCUGCUGGCCAACAACCGGAAGCACGAGGCGGUGCGCGUGCUCAACAAGGUGGCCAAGGUCAACAACAUCACCCUCUCCAGCAAAGCGCAGCAGAUGCUCGACAUGAUCACCGAAGAGCAGAACAAAGCCGAGGAGACUGGGAAACCACAAACGCAAGAAACGCCACACAUCUUAUCAGUUCUCCGCUCAAAGAAGAUGGUCCUCCGAAUCGCCAUCAUAGCGGCUUGCUUCUUCUGCUGCAUGUUCGUGUUCAGCGGCUCCGUCAUCAACUCCACCACCAUCUCCGGCAACAAGUACCUCAACUACUCGAUCAUGAUGCUGGUGGCCGUCCCCACCAGGGUGGUUACUGCGCUGACGUUGACCAGGUUUGGGAGAAAGACACCAAUAUGUGUGGCGUACUGUCUGUGUGCGGUGUUCUUUAUGACGUCUGCUUUUGUACCUAAAUCAAUCUGGUGGGCGUCUGUGGUGCUGUACAUGGCGGGCAAGAUGUGCAGCAGCUACGGCAACUUCUCCAUGCACGUGGUGGCCAUGGAGGUGUUCCCCACCACCUCGCGCAACUCGCUCACCAACAUCGCCAACACCGUCGGCCGCCUGGGCGCCGUGCUGGCGCCGCAGACGCCGCUGCUUGAGCAGUACAUGUCAGGAUUACCCAGCGUGGUGUUCGCAGUGGCAGCCCUCGCUGUUGCCAUCCUGUCGCUCUGCCUGCCAGACACCAGUCGCAUCCCGCUGCCAGAAAAAAUGGCGGACGCGGAACGCAUAGACGAGCAGUCUGCCAAUGAUACUCGUAACACUGCUGUUGCGUGAUAGUGUGUAGCCAGAAAUUGCCAACCAAGCGCUGGUCAAUUUUAAGCUUCAACGUUUAGAUCAUAGCGCAAGGUUUCCUGCCUGACGGUAUCCUACAGGAUGUAUUUCGGAGAGUGUGCUAAGGAACUAUUUGAACGAGUUUUCACCCUUGACUUUUUACUAUCAGACAGCGUGGCAUCGUUAAGGUCUACACCCCUACAUA